AUGACAGAGCCUAACGUGCGCUGCGUCGUCUUUGGUCACGAGAAGGACGCAGCGUUGAUCGAAGUAUUGCGGUUCCUACGUGGCUUCAGUGCCGUCUACGGCUCUGGCCUGUCGUUGCACACUGAGAUCGCAGCCACCGCUCCCGACCUCGAAGCGCUCCUUACGACCGAGCUCCAGUCGAAUGUCAUUCAAGUGAAUCCGAGACACGAACACGGUGGGCUUUUUGCGCGCAUCUCAUUGGACAAAAACGAGCUCGUGCUUUUUGGCAAAACAGCGAUUGUGGAUUGGAUGAAACACGAGCUCCUGGCGACUCGAUAUUCGUCCAAUCAUAAUCGCGCGUUCGACGUCACAUCCGACGUCCCGCCAUUGCGGCUCUUUAUCAGUGGCGAUCGAGCUCAAGUGGGCAAGUCGACCGUGUGUUUAGGGCUAUUGGGGACGCUGCUGCAAAGCGGCUAUGCCGCUAAGGAUGUGGCGUACAUUAAACCUGCGACGCAGUGCGAAAAGCCGCAGCUGGUGACGAAAUUCUGUCGGCAGGAGGGCAUCACUUGCUGUGAAGUGGGGCCAAUUGUGUUCUAUAAGGGCUUUACAAGAGAGUUUCUCGAGGGCAAGACGGACGCGUCGUCAAUGCAGCUGCUGGACAAGGCAAAGCAGAAGAUCCGGGAGGUGGGGAGAGGGAAGCAGGUCGUGGUCGUGGAUGGUGUGGGGUAUCCUGCUGUUGGCUCUAUUUGUGGCGUCUCCAAUGCGCAUGUGGCGCAGACGUUGGCAAUGCCAGUGGUGCUGGUGGGGAAGAGAGGUGUGGGUGAUGCUGUGGACUCGUUCAAUCUGAAUGCGACGUUCUUCGAGAGCCAUGGGGUCAAGGUGCUGGGUGCCAUCUUCAAUCGAUUGCCUGAAGAUGGUUUCUAUGGUUUGGAGUACUGCCGGAAAUACGUGACUGCCUACUUUCAGCAGUUUCAGCCGGGGAAACACGUCUAUGGCUUUCUUCCUGAGCUGACGGAUGGUGGGCAUAGCGCUUUAGAUGCUGAAAAUACUGAAGAGGACCAGGAUGAGUCUGUCACUAGCGUGUUUCUGACUAAGGCUGAGAGUGAACUGGCUGAGAAAGUUGUUGAUGCGUUUGCACGGCGCGUUGACGUGAUGAAACUGCUUGCAGACGUGCGGGCAUACCAAGCAGAAGGCAACAAAGAGUCAAUGGGAUCAGCAAAGGAAGUAACGUCUACAGCUUAG